GUCACGUAAUCGAAAAUUGCAUUUGCCCUUUACAAGUAUGAGUUGGAUUUCUAUCAUCGUUGUUAUAAUCAUCUCGUUUGGUAACGGAAACAUGGCAGAAAAAUUGGAUUGUCAGUUUAAACGAGGAUGUAUCGCUAAUGGUUGUGAUCCAUUGCCUCUCUGGAACAAACCAGGUUCCAAUGUGAAAGAAUAUUUGAAAAGGAAAGAAUUUCCUAUAACUUGUGACAUGAAGAAUAAAGCAUCAAACGAUGUUUUAAAACUUUAUGCUGAUAACGCUGACAAUCGACAAGAAAUGAAAGAAUUGAAACAAGAACUUGAUGAACUUCGAAAAUUGAAUGAGAAGCAGAGAAAAGAAAUCAAGUUGAUUAAAAGUCAAAAGACUUCUUCAAACAAUCAAGGCCUGCACAUACUAAAACUAGAAGUUGCAGAGUUGAAAAAGAUGCUUGAGAGUCCGAAGACUUCUUCAAACGAUCAAGAUCUGUUAUUACUGAAACAAGAAAUUAAAGAUUUAAAAAAGAUAAUCAAUACCUCACAAACUGAAAUCAAUGAAUCUCGGAAAGAAACAAAAAACCUCCUCAGAGAAAUAAAUGUUUUCCGUGUAGACCUGUACAAUCUUCGUCAGGUUAACAAAGAUCAAACCAAAGAAAUUGAAAAGUUGAAGAAUGAGUUGGACUCGCAGAAACCAAGCCCUAUAAAUGUUAAUCCAUGUUCAACAGUCAAAUGUCAACGCAAUCGACAAUGUUCUAAUGUCAAUGGAAAAGGAGUUUGCAAGUGCGCAUCAGGAUAUACGUUACAAAACAAUCGUUGUGUUGGUACCCUUCGCCUACCAUGCACUUCAAAUCCGUGUCAUAAACUAGCAGAUUGCCAAAAUGUUGGUUCCAGUCAAUAUAGAUGUGAAUGCAGGAAACCAUAUGUUGGUGACGGGAUAUCAGUUUGCAGAAAGGGUCCACAAAGUUUCACUUCAAUCGGUACUUUUCCUUGCUCAAAUCAAUGUCAUAAGCAAGCAGAAUGCGAAAACGUUGGUUCUAAUCGUUAUCAAUGCAGAUGCAAGAAACCAUACAUUGGCAACGGAAUGGAUUGCAGAACAGAGUUACCAAUCGGACCGUGCCUAUCAAAUUUAUGUCAUGAGCAUGCAGAAUGUGAACAAGUUGAUUUUCAUCGAUAUAAAUGCACAUGCAAGAAACCAUACACCGGUGACGGAAGGAAUUGCAAAGUUGGAGAUGGACAACUAAGACUCGUUGGUGGAAAUUCAGACAAGGAAGGAAGAGUUGAAAUCUAUUAUCACGGAGAAUGGGGUACUUUUUGUGAUGAUCAUUGGGACAUAAAAGAUGCGAAUGUUGUUUGCCGCACUUUAGGAUUCAAAAAGGCAACAUCUGCGCUGAAAGGCGCGCUUUUUGGAAAAGGAAGCGGGCGGAUUUGGAUUUAUGUUGCUAAUUGCAAAGGCACUGAGAACACUUUCUCCGAAUGUAAUAUUGGUAUUCAAAAUAUCGGCAAGAUAAUUUGCUACCAUGGCAAAGGUUCUUCUGUUAUCUGUGAAUAGCUUCUAUACCAUAUGUUCCGAGAUCAGUUUAAUUUGUACAAAUAUAGGUGCUCCCGUAGUAUCCGUACCAAGAUGGCGCACAACCUGAAAAUAGUAUGUGUACCGGGUUAGGGUUAGCAGGUUGUGCGCCAUCUUGGUACGUAUACUACAGGAGCGCCCAAACAUAUACAUACAAUAACAAUGUUCAACAUAAUAAACCAAUGAUAUUAAUGAUGUAUAACAGUGGUUUUCAAAAGGUGUGGUGCGACCCACAAGGGGACGUAGAUAAUUUUCUAAGGAAGCGUGAAGUUAAAUGAAAAUAAAAAUAUUUUUUUGAUUCGAUUUUGUUGGAUUUAUUUUGGAUAUUUACGUUCCAUUUAGAACCACUGGUGUGUA